AUGGGGCCAUCGGAAGAUCGGAGGAAAUGUUGUUCAACGUACCAGCGCCUUCAUGGUGCCGUGCAGAGCGUGUCUGUGGUUGCGGCGGAACUUGGGGUCAACACCCUUGAGGGAGGGGUAACGGUGGGUCUUAGGCUUCUUGAUACUGUUGAGAAAGAAGAUAUAUCAGUCUCGAGUUCUUAUCUCCCAAUGUCGAUCCAUCUGUCGCCCGUGGAGGAACCCAAAAGAGUCGCUGAAAAGCUGGUGAAAAGAUUCGAUCUCGUGGACCAACAUCGCUCCCAUCCAAGUAUCACCUCCCAACCUCCAACGCCGCAAGUUGUGUUCCUUCCCGGCAAGACAUUUGAAAUCGCAAAGAGUGGUCGGCUGGUACGAACCCGUUACGGUGAGCCUUCUGGCUGUUGUGGUGCUGAGACGCGUUCUUGGACUCUGUAA